UUCGAUGCUGUGAUGAUGUCGGAGUGGCUGAGCUGGUGGCCGUUCUGGCGGCAGGAGAAAAGGUUGGAACGUCUCAUUGCGGAAGCUGAUGCAAACCCUAGAGAUGCCGCGAAGCAGAGUGCUCUUCUUGCGGAACUCAAUAAGCACAGUCCUGAAUCAGUCAUCAGACGUUUUGAGCAAAGAAAUUAUGCAGUAGAUGGUAAAGGAGUUGCAGAAUAUCUUCGAGCUCUUGUUGUCACCAAUACUCUUGCUGAAUAUCUUCCAGAUGAGCAAUCUGGAAAGCCUUCCAGUCUCCCAACACUGCUGCAAGAGUUGAAGCAGCGCGCAUCUGAAAAUCAGGAUGAGCCAUUUUUGAACCCUGGAAUAUCAGAGAAACAUCCACUGCAUGUGGUUAUGGUUGACCCAAAAGCAUCAAGCAAAUCAACACGGUUUGCUCAAGAACUUCUAUCAACCAUCUUGUUUACUGUUGUUGUUGGGCUGAUGUGGGUAAUGGGUGCAGCUGCACUUCAAAAAUAUGUUGGCAGCUUAGGUGGUAUAGGUACAUCUGGUGUUGGUUCAAGUGCUACAUAUACCCCAAAAGAGUUAAACAAAGAAAUCAUGCCAGAGAAGAAUGUGAAAACCUUUAAAGAUGUUAAAGGGUGUGAUGAUGCAAAGCAAGAGCUUGAAGAAGUGGUUGAGUAUCUCAAAAACCCAGCAAAGUUCACUCGCCUCGGGGGGAAAUUACCAAAGGGAAUUCUUUUGACUGGUGCACCUGGAACAGGAAAGACUUUGCUAGCUAAGGCUAUUGCUGGUGAAGCUGGUGUGCCUUUUUUCUAUCGAGCAGGUUCUGAAUUCGAGGAAAUGUUUGUUGGUGUCGGUGCUCGGCGAGUGAGGUCCUUAUUUCAGGCUGCUAAGAAAAAGGCACCUUGUAUCAUUUUCAUUGACGAAAUAGAUGCUGUGGGAUCCACUAGAAAGCAAUGGGAAGGACAUACAAAGAAAACUUUGCAUCAGCUACUUGUUGAAAUGGAUGGCUUUGAGCAGAACGAGGGUAUUAUUUUGAUGGCUGCAACAAAUUUGCCUGAUAUUCUAGAUCCAGCAUUGACAAGGCCUGGUAGAUUCGACAGGCAUAUCGUUGUUCCAAAUCCUGAUGUGCGGGGCCGGCAAGAAAUUCUGGAGCUUUAUUUAGAGGACAAGCCACUGGCUGAUGAUGUAGAUAUUAAAGCAAUCGCUCGUGGUACUCCAGGCUUCAAUGGUGCAGAUCUUGCAAACUUGGUAAAUAUUGCAGCUAUUAAGGCUGCGGUAGAAGGUGCUGAGAAGUUAACUGCAGCACAGUUGGAGUUUGCAAAGGACAGGAUAAUUAUGGGUACAGAGCGGAAAAGUAUGUUCAUAACAGAAGAAUCAAAGAAGCUCACUGCUUACCAUGAGAGUGGUCAUGCCAUUGUUGCAUUCAAUACCGAUGGUGCUCAUCCUAUUCAUAAGGCGACCAUCAUGCCACGAGGAUCUGCCUUGGGGAUGGUGACCCAGCUUCCUUCUCAAGAUGAGACAUCUAUCAGCAAGAAACAAUUACUAGCACGCCUUGAUGUUUGCAUGGGAGGGAGGGUUGCUGAAGAGCUUAUCUUUGGUGAAGAAUAUAUCACAACUGGUGCAAGCAGUGAUCUCCAGACUGCUACUGAGCUUGCACAGUACAUGGUGUCAACUUGUGGGAUGAGUAAUGCAAUUGGUCCUGUGUAUGUCAAAGAGCGACCAGGUUCAGAGAUGCAAUCACGGCUUGAUGCAGAAGUUGUCAAACUCCUAAGAGAAGCUUAUGACCGAGUUAAGCGGUUAUUAAAGGAGCAUGAAAAGGCAUUGCAUGCACUGGCGAAUGCGCUUCUUGAGUAUGAAACACUCACCGCAGAUGAAAUCAAGCAAAUCCUCAAUCCUUACCAAGAAGACCAACUUUUGGAGCAACAAGAGGAGCUUGCAUUAACUUAGACUAGUUUGCAUUUAUGGAUGUAGUUUUUCCUAACUGUAAAGCAGUGUACAGCAAUGCAAUCACAGGUAAAAUAUUAGAAAUUCUCUGAUGUCUUCUUUUGUGGGAAAAAAUAGAACUGGCCACUAAGGGCGCAAGGAAGGUGUAUUUUUUUUUCCCCAACUAGCUUUCCAUCGGGAAGAAGCAGAGGGAAAUUCUAUUCUCACAAAAGGCUGUAAUUUAUCUCAAUUCUGUCGAUCUGAGCAGACAAUUAAAUAUGGAAAACUGCAACUUUCGGAGAGAAGCUGGGUUCAACCACCAACAUCUUAGGUAUUUUGAAUCAAGGGUACAUUGUAAAAAACCUUAAAUUUGGACUCGGAGAUUUCAGCAAUAGAAAUGUUAUUAUUCCAAGC